AUGAGUUAAGAGACAUUAAUGGGAUAAAUGGAAGUCUGACAGAUGUUCAAAGCUUUGGACAGGAAAGUUAUAGAUUUAUUAGAAAGUGUACUAAACCAGAUAAAAGAGGUAUGUGAUUGAUCUGAAAUCAUAGAAUAUAUAAAAAUUGCAACAUCAUGUGCAAUGCAGUUAUGGGAGCAGUGGGUUAUUUCAUUAAAUUAGUCUUCAUUCCUAUCAAUAAUAUCAUCCUCAGUGCAAAUUGA